GGAAUGAAACGGAUGUUGAAAUGCAGUGACGGGUAUAUAAAGCAACCCCGUAUACUGCCCGUGUCAGUAAGACAGUCUGGUUAAGAUGGGUGCAGUAAUGCGGCGGCAGCAACAACAUAAUGAAGUGAGACACGACGAUAACACAUCACUUCCUCAAAAUGACCCCCAGAGAACCAGCAGGCUGCAGAUGUUGGACGGGGCAAGAGUGCUGUAUGAAAUUGACAACUCCGACAAGGAAUUGCCGAUUAAGGUACUGAACCUGCCGCCUGAGAAGGACUUUUCAUGUCGCUAUAAAGUGUUCUUUGUCUGGAAAGCAGCUCUCCUCCUAUUUGGGACAAUACAAGUGUGGUUGUCGGAUUUGAUACGAUGGUUUAAGCAACUGAUAAUGCCUUGGAAAGCGAAGCUGAGCUACCUUGAUGAACUGAAGCAGCUUUACAAAGAACCCGACUAUCCCGAACCAAAAUAUGCCAUUGCAUUUUGGAAGGAAGACUGGUUUUUUGCUUAUCAAAGGCUCGCGGGUCCCUGUCCCAACUUGAUCCAUCACUGCAAACGAAUCCCAGACAGGUUAGCUGUCGAGGACAUUGACCUGACGCCUUUCGGGGAAAGAGGUGGCUCUUGAAGAUGGGAAGUUGUUUUAUUGCGACUUGAGAAUACUGGAAGACAUCCCUCACAAGAAGGACUAUACUGUAUGUGCCCCGAUCCUGUUGCUGUACAGAACCAACAGUGGCCAGCUGCUUCCAGUCGCCAUCCAGCUGUUCCAGGAACCAGGACCAGACAACCCG